AUGUCAUUUGGCUAUCAUAGAAUUGAGGUUCUUGGUGCUGUGGUCAGUGUUUUAUUGAUUUGGUUGGUAUCAGGAAUUCUCUGCUAUAUUGCCAGUCAACUGCAUGUUUCUGCUGCUUUUUUAAUCUCUUUUUAUCUCUCUACAUCUUUGUUCUCUUCUCUCCAUUUCCUUCUCUUCUUUCUCUCCUUUUUUUUUUGCUAUCCUCUCUAUACCUAUUCUUUCUUGCUAUCUCUUUGUUCUUUUCUUUUAUCUUCUUCCUUUCUACAUCUUUUUCUUCAUCCUCUCUACCUCUUCUUCCUCCUCCUCCUUCUAUCUUUACAUAUUUUUUUUCUCUCUAUAUCUUUGUUCCUUUCUCUUCACUUUAUCUUAAUUACAUUUUUAUUCUCUAUAUUUUCUACUAAUUUGUCUAUUUUCCUUCCUUUCUUUUUUCUUUCACUUUUCAUUCUUCUCUUCUCUCUCUCCUCCCCCUUUCUCUCUCCCUGUUACUCAAACUUUGUUCCUCUCUAUAUGUCAUUUUUAAUCUUCAAAUGCCCAUUCUUGUCUUUUUUCUCUCUUACCCUCAAAUAUUUUGCUUUACAUUUCUCCUUAAGCACUUCCAAACAACCAAUCAGGGCUCUCCCUGCAAAUGACCAAAUAUGGGGGAGUUCCUCCUCCCUCCUUGGAAUUCUACCUGGGCCUUCUCCUCCUUCUGAUCACGUGAUCAAACCUGUCGCCUUCCUACUUUGUGUAAGUGCCUCUCACCAUCACUGCCCGAGGGGCAUGGACAGUCCUCCACCUUCCCUGCAAUUUCACCCGAGCUCUCCCCUCCUUGGUCACUUGACCAAACCUCUGGCUUCCCAUCUUUGUUCUCUCUCUCUCUCUCUCUUCUCAACUCUAUUCUUUUCUUUUUUCUUUAACUUCUUCCUACUUUUCUUUAAUAUUUUUUAUUUAUUUAUUUCAAGCACAUCCCUAAACUCUACACUUAUCUCCUUUGUUCUCUUUUUUUCUUUUACUCCACUCACUUUUCCUAUUCUCCCUCUCUUUAGUCUCUUAAUUUCUUUCUCUCUCUGUUUCUUUAGUUUUUUCUACUCUCCUCCUCCUUUAACCCUUCAUUUCUUUCUCUCACUGUUCUUUUAG